UCAUUUUGGAAGUAUGUCUUUCCUAGCGAUUUCAUUUCAACAUCGUUCUUUCCCUACGCGAUGCUGUCACACUCACUCCGUCUUUCCUGGAUGGUUGCCUUGUGCUUUCCCUCCAUGCGACUCAAACAGGAAACCGCGCUAGCGCGCUUAUCCAAUCAACGCUGAGCGCAAAUCACGCUCACCACGACUCUACUCCCCAGCAGUCGACGCACCACCUGUAUCAAUAAUUUAGCUUUGACAAUCAUUACCCCAUAUCAGCCUCAACCCAACUACGCUCGCGACUAACUAGUGGUCAUUUAAACUAUCACCAACAUGAGUAGCACCCGCAGCAUUAGCAGCGAGGCGAGCAUAGCGCGAAGUGCCGACAAGGACGACAUCAGCGAUAGCUCGUUACAGCUUCACGACACAAAAGCAGCAGAUGGGAACGAGCAAGCGGCAGCUGAUGAAUCUAUGGCAGACGGGGCUGGUUGCGAGAAGAAUGCGUUUGAGAAGGAGCAAGAAACAGUCGUUACGGUCGAUGACGCGAUCGCAGCCCACAAUGAGAGGCUCAACCUGAACGAGGUGAGCCUGAGGGAUUCUGCCUUGUCGGUUACAGCUCAGCAACUCUGUCUGGUCGCGGAUAGCAUCCUCUGUUCUAUGAGUGAAGUGGAAACGGCCAUGCUUCAGCUUCGUGAAUAUGUCAAGACUGAGAAUCAAGACCGCAAACCGAUCCACCUGUGGGCCAGAUUCGAAGGCUAUCGCGGCAUCGAUCCUGCGGUUGCCAAUCUCGACGAAGCAGGCGCCAACUUCGAUGAUGUUCAUCUUCCUGCUUCCUUCGUCAAGACAUAUCUCAGUCGGGCUACCGAGAUGUCACUUACCGUUAGCAAGGUCGCUGUAUUCUGUAUGGGCGCGAUGAACGAGCAAUUUACUCACCACAUCGAGGAGGCCAGCGUAUCGAUUGACGCCGAGGUUAAGAUUACGGAAGAGCUCAGGAAGCUUCUUAAGCAUGGUUCUAAGGCAACAUAUAGCGUGUAUGCGGCUCUCGACCUGCUCCGUAACAAGCUGCACAUCGACGAGUCCAUUCAUAGCCGCGAAAUCUCCAUUAUCGAGAAGCUCAUUGCAGAGAGCGAGGCUCGCUUGAUCCCCUCACGCGAGAGCCCUUGGUGGAAUGUUGUCAAAGUAGUGCUCGGAGUAGCGACGAGCGCUGCCAUUGCUCUCGCAGCGGCGCACAUGCAUGGUACCAGCGGCUCCAGUCUCGCACUCCCAGCCGACCCCAACGGCAUGCACUCUCAGGUCCUUUCACUCGUCCAGCGUGCGCAAGCUUUGACCAACCUCACCGGUGAGCUCUACUCCAUCAAACUUGACGAGCUGGACCAGCGCUACAAGGAGCUUGAACUCGCCUCUGAGUCUCACGGUCUCCGAAUCGACAAUCUAGUUGAAGCACUGGGCGUCCCCAACGGGGAGGGUACCUACUUUUCAUCAAUGCCGAAGCUAGCAAUGGGUUGUACGACAAGGAACGAUCAUUCCUGUGUUCCGGAGGCCGUGGCGGACGCUAAUCGCCAGACCGAGAAACUGCGUAGCGAGCUGAAGCACAUGCGCAAGAACAUGCACCGCAUGGACAUUCGCCUCAUGAAGCGCCUCGACAAGGUCGACAAGCGUGGUCUGUAGUAAGCAUGAGGCAUGCAAGCUCGAGCCACGAUAGUGGCCCAUGAUGAUGCUAC